AUGUUUUUAACGGUUAAACUUUUCCCCAAGAACUUUCGCUGGUGCCACGCUGAAUUUGAUGCUCAACUGAUUGGAGGAGGAGCGGAGCCUGUCGCCAUGUUGAAACGUGUGUUUACUAUUCUCGCCAGCACGGUGGCCCUCGCUGCAGCGCAGACAAUCGUUGAUGGGUUCGACGACAUCGUAGUCGGCCCACGCACUAUUGGGCAGUCUCUUGAUACUUACCGAGGACUGAGGUUCAAUGGUGGUUUCUAUGUCCAGAAUCCCCAGGAUACGAAUGGCGCCGUUCGCUUCGGCUUUAACCCACCUUCUGGACCUAACGGCCUUGUUUAUUUCACAUCUUUGGUCUCGGGUGCCCCCACACCCAACAUCAAGGCUCACUACUCCGGCUCGACAACUAGCAACUUCACCUUGGAAUCCUUCAAGUGGGGAUGCGUAGUCGCUGGCCGCAGGGUGGCCACCCAGGCGUUCUCGUUCGCCCCGAAUGCACGCCUCCUGGUCGCGGACAUGAUCACAGCUACUCUCAGUGCGGACUUCCAAAAUGUCGAUACAGUACGGUUCGCUACAGUCUAUGCACCUUCAGUGGCGGCUUUGGCUGCUUCAGGUUUUUCUGGAGGAACCUGGUUUGACGACUUGCAAUUCACUCUGUACCAGAAAGAACCGGCUGGCAUCCCGAUCAGCACCGAUAAUCGUUGUGGUGAGGAAUUCAACACGCGCUGUCCUGACGAUCUAUGCUGCAGUGUCGCGGGAUAUUGUGGUCCUUACGGUGGGUUGGACCCUUACUAUUGGUGUGCCGCUACCUACUGCCUGGCAAAGGUUGACUCAGUCGCUAGCUCCGACAAGACCAACCUCGAAAGCGAGUAUAAACAGCCAUUCUGA